AGGGCGUCCAUCUUCGCCUUACCUGGAGAGUGCGUUGAUGUAGUUGCCAGCUGCGCAUAGCCCGUUGGUGCUCAAAUCGACGAGCAGGCGGCCUCUCAUCCCAUCGCGCUAGUCGUAGUUGCUCUUGUAGAAUACGACCCGUAUACCUAAAAUCUCACAAAAGCUGCCAGACCCUUUUGAUCAUGCUACCGUCGCAGUACAGUGCGUACUUGCAGCGAAGCAUACGAUUGCACAUACAGAACUGCGUGUUGUCGAGAACCAGGAUUCAUUACAGUCCAGUACCAGUCGUGGGAGUAGGACGCGACCGGUGCAAUGCACGUAGAAGGCACGGGGGAUGCAACUGCGGUUCUCCUCUCCUCUCCAUUCUCCUCUCCAUUCUGCAUUCCCCUGCUGGUAACAGUGGUCACAGUGCAUUCUCUUGUUCAGAGGUACGAGGGGUGCGCGGUGUCAGGAUGCACCUCAUUCAGCAGCUCAUGCGAGCACCGCUCGUUUUGCCUUCUAUCCUGGAGCUGCAGCUACUGUACGACGCCCUCGUCGCUGGCUCCUCGCUGGCUCUCACUCCCCCUCGCCCUCUACAGUAUCGUGCUGGCUCGACACUCGAACCAGCCCGAGUCGUGGAGAGAUUAUUCGAUGUACACCCAAGUAUUCGAUGAAAUAGCACAUAUUAGAGCCCUCUUUUUGUUACCAUCACCCCAAGUUCGGUUCAGGUUUGCAAUGUCGCACGGAGAGCGAGUCCCGUCGAACGUGGGUUUCUCAGGCAAGCGCAGUAUAGCGUUACAGUGACCACGCAGAUAAAACAAUCGUUGCCAUCGAAUACUUGGUGUACUGUACUCUUGUAGUAGGAUGCGUCUGCCGACGUGGAAGGGGCACAAGCCAGGUACAGUAGCGUUUCUCACCCUCCCCCCCACUACCCCCCUAGAACCAUUCAAGGCUGGCCGCUAUGAGUUUCCAUCCUCACUCAUCUCACUCGCCUCACUCGUCUCACUCGCCUCAGGCUGCACCUCUCGCCCGAAGAGAAAGAAUCUUCCUCUUCGCGGACCAGCGGAGGGGUGUCACUGUCCUCCUCCCGUCCUGCGCGCCAGAAAGCGCUCCGAUUCACCCAUUGGCCAGGUUUUUUCUGCAUACUGUAGACCGCUCUUCGCUACAGUACUACUGCGCAACAGCCCGACAGUAUGGUACAGCCUGCACCGCUACCGAGUAGCGCCGUGAGUGGUGGAUCCUUCCAGAAUGGACGUGCUGCCUUCUAGCCACUCCUCCCUCCCUCUCACCGCUCCUCUUUCCUCCGGAGUUUCUCUUCGCCACUGCCUUGUCUGAUCGAACUAGACCAGACUCUCUGCGUCGUCCCCUUGUCGCUUGGCAACGGACGUCCAAUCGUUGUCCGCCUACGAUCCUCUCUGCCUCAACCUCGAAAACGCUUCCUUCUCUCCGCCAGAGACAUUCGCCCUGUAUGAGCCCCUCUUUUAGACCCGCGACCAGCUGGAAUCCGUGCUACUGACUCCCUGCGCGCCUCAGCCACGGUCAUUUCCUCUUCGGUUGACUUCAGCCAACCACGGGAUCCGCGUUCGAAGUAGCCGCUGGACGAGGCGCCAUCCGGAGCAGCGCGUUUUCGACCAGCCUCAUAAUCCAUGGCGGCUCCUUUCCACAGGGCCCACUCCGCCGACGAGAACCGCGUCGUCUCGCCCCCUGCUGCGCCGACACCGCGCGGAGAGGGGCAACCGGGGGCACCAGGAGGCAGAGGAGGCGGGGGAGGCGGGGGAGGCGGAGCAGCGGGGCGCAUAGCUCACAGCCCGAGUUAUCCCAACUCUGGGUAUGCUACUAACGGGGAUGGGAACCUUGGGGGCUCGCGGCGGUCUCUGGAGGGCGGAGGCGGGAGCUCCAAGGCGCUUUCGAGAUCCAGUAGCGGGGCAGUUGCUAACGCGGAUGCCACGGGUGGUAACGGAGAGGUGGGGAGCAGCAGGUGGCUAAGGCGGGGGGAGAGCGGCGAGGGGAGCGGGAAGCAUUGGUCCGGUACAAGCAGUGCGCUUUCUGCUAGUAGCGAAACGCCUCGUGCGUGGGCUAGCCAGCUGUCCGCCAGUGGUGACAAUAGCGGGGGUGCUAUCCUCGAGCUGGGUGACUACAACGAUCAGAUGGCCACAUCCCCGUAUCCAGAGGCGAUCAAAGAGGAGGAAGGGUCCGUGGAGGGCCGGAAUGUUCCAAUGCCGGAUGUGACUCUAGAGGAGGAGCUCUCCGAGUCUCUCAUGCCGCUCAAGUGGGUGUUCUUCCCCGAGGCAGACCCCAUUCAGCAGUUUCGUGGAAAGCCGUGGAGGGAGAAGAUCUGGGUGUUCCUCAAGGGCGUGUUCCCGAUCCUGGAGUGGCUGCCCAAGUACGACCUGCGGUACUACCUGCUGGGUGACAUCAUCGGGGGGGUGUCCAUCGCUAUAAUGUCCGUGCCUCAGGACGUGUCAUACGCCAAGUACGCCAACCUCCCUGCCGAGUUCGCUCUCCGCACCAGCUUCAUCCCCCCUCUGCUGUACGCGAUACAGGGCUCCUCCAAGCACCUGGUGAUAGCGCCCGUGUCCGUCGUGUCUCAGCUGCUGGGCACCACACUCAGCGGCAUAGUGGACCCCAGCGCCGACCCUGCUCUCUACACCAGUCUCGCCGUCACGGCCACCUUCUUCUGCGGCAUCUUCCAACUCAUCAUGGGGCUCUGCAGGUUCGGUUUCUUAGUCGAUUUUCUCAACCAGCCAACGAUCGUUGGGUUCCUGUCGGGGUGCUCGCUCACCAUCGCCAUCCAGCAGCUCAAGCUCAUUCUGGGCUACAAGGACUUCACCCUCAGCACCAGCAUCGUCAACAUCAUCGCUGCGAUAGUGCAAUACAGCUCGCAGUUCCAGUGGAAGGCGUUCGUGAUGGGCAUGUCUUUCUUCCUCUACCUCACCACCGUCCGCGCCCUGGUGUACUUAAAGCCCAAGAACAAGGUGUUCUACUACCUCAAUGCGCUCGGCCCCUUGACAUCCAUUGUCAUAUCGACCAUCAUCGUUUCAGUUGCUGGACUCAGCACCAAAGGCAUUCCCACGAUCGGCAAGAUAGGCACCGGGCUGCACGGGGCGUCGUCCAUCUCAUACCUCAACUUCUCGUCGGAAUUUGUGGCAGAUGUGGCCACCGUUGGCUUCAUCGCCUGCCUCGUUUGCCUCGCGGAAUCAGUGGGCAUCGCCCGCACUUUUGCCAGCCUAUAUGGUUACCACAUCGACGGUAACAAGGAGAUGGUGGCCUUCGGUUCGAUGAAUCUGGUCGGCUCCUUCACCUCCUGCUACGUCGCAACAGGGUCCUUCUCUCGCACGGCCGUGAACAUGCUGGCAGGCGCACGGACCGCGGUCACUCAAGUCAUCAUGUCUGGCCUCAUUCUGCUCGUGCUGCUCGUAGCCGCCCCACUCUUCAAGAACGUCCCCAAUUGCGUCGUGGGUGCUGUCAUCGCCAACGCUGCCCUCAACUUGGCCAUUGGCGGUGUAGGGAAGGGGAUGGGGAAGGGGAUGGGGAAGGGGAUGGGGAAGGGGAUGGGGAAGGGGAUGGGGAAGGGGAUGGGGAAGGGGAUGGGGAAGGGGAUGGGGAAGGGGAUGGGGAAGGGGAUGGGGAAGGGGAUGGGGAAGGGGAUGGGGAAGGGGAUGGGGAAGGGGAUGGGGAAGGGGAUGGGGAAGGGGAUGGGGAAGGGGACGGGAAGGGGACGGGAAGGGGACGGGAAGGGGUUGAAACGGGAGAUCAGUCUCCUCCUUGACUUCCAUGCUGCUUGGUCUCUGUGGAAAGUCGACAAGAUGGAUUUCCUCGUCAUGUCGGGCUGCUUCCUCGCCAUCCUCUUCGGCUCCCCCGAGAUCGGUCUCCUCGUUGCCAUCCUGCUCUCACUCAUCAAGAUCCUCCUGCGCUCGCUGCGCCCCCACAUCCGCCUGCUCGGGCUGCUCCCCAACGCCGCCGCCACGGCCGUGAGCGUGCUGCAGUUCCCCAACAGCACCUUGUGCGAGGGCAUUGUCAUGCUGCGAAUUGAGUCGCCGCUGUACUUCCCCGGGGCGAAUUUCGUGCGGCAGCGGGUGAAGAAGCUGUGCGACGCGUACGCCAGGGGAUACCAGCAGCCAGUCAAGCACUGCGUGUUGGACCUCUCAGUCAUGCAUGACAUCGAUGUGACGGCCAUCGAGGCAAUGAGGGAUCUGCACCGCGACUUGACACAGACUGGCAUUCAGCUGUGUCUGGCCAGCGCCAACAGGGACGUGCUGAGGAAGAUGUUUGACGCCCAGCUCUUGGCUGAGAUCGGGGAGCAGUGGCUCUUCGUCACUCCUGCCGAUGCCGUCAAGCUGUGCCGCGCUGUGGCGCUCUCACAACCCGCUGCUAAGGAGAGUGAACAGCUGCUAACAUCUGUGGAGACUUACGAUAUCUAAAGCGGUGGCAGCAGCAGCAGCUGUAGCAGCAGGGGGGAUGGCGGAGAGCAGUGGCUACUUUUCGUGUCAAGCCAAUUGAGACAAGUUUUGGCACAGCGUGGCUCUCUCGCUUUUGGUACUUAUGCAUGGGAGUGAUAUGUGUCUGUGUAAUGUACGCAGUGUUAAUUACUAAGUUACGUAUGAUUUUGUUCUACGAAAUAUUAACACAAAGGUAGUUUAAAUACUUUUUGUGGAUGGAUAGGUAGUAAUUUCUAUACAGC